UCUCUCUCUCUCUCUCUGUUCCUCAUGGCAGAACAAUCACCAACCCUGAAACUCCACCAAGUCCACCACGUAUCUCCGCCGCCAGAAACCCCUCCAACCUCCCUCCCCUUCACCUUCUUCGACGUCCUUUGGCUAAGGUUCCCCCCCGUCGAGCGUCUCUUCUUCUACCCUCUCUCCAACACUUCAUUCUUCGACACAGUUCUCCCNAACCUCAAAGCCUCUCUUUCCCUCACUCUCCACCACUUCCCCACUCUCGCCGGCACCAUCACAUGGCCACAAAGCUCACCCUUACCCCUCAUCACCUACGUCCCCGGCAACACCGUCCCCCUCACAGUAACCCAAUCCCACGCAUGCUUCAACACCCUCUCUUCCAACCUCUGUGAAGCAUCCCAACGACAACGUUUCGUACCCCACUUAACCUCUUCCCACGAGCAAGCCUCGGUCUUAGCCCUUCAAGUCACCCUCUUCCCAAACCAAGGCUUUUGCCUCGGCAUAACCACACACCACGCAGUCCUCGACGGAAAAUCCUCCACCUUGUUCUUGAAAGCAUGGGCACACCUUUGUUCUCAUUCUCACCUUCAAAACCCUCCUUCACUACCGAAACAUCUCACACCCUCGUUUGACAGGUCUAUGAUCCGUGACCCUUCGGGGAUCGGUGAGGCCUACGCCAACUCGUGGUUGAACUUCGGCGGAGAAGCCAACAACCGAAGCUUGAAAGCGUGGGGGUCGCUGGACGGGGUGCAAAACGACGUCGUGAAAGGGUUUUUCGAGUUGGGGCCCUCGCAUAUCCAAAAGCUGAAGAAGUUAGCGGAGUCUAAGGUUGUCGGAAAGAAGGUUAAGGUAACAUCGUUUUCCGUCACGUGUGGUUAUGUUUUGGCGUGCGCGGUUAAGGUGGACACGCCGAAGAGAGACAAAGCGGCGUUUGUGAUCACGGUGGAUUGUAGGGGGCGUUUGGAUGCGGUUAUAUCGGAAACGUAUUUCGGGAACUGUGUGGUGCCGAAGAUGGUGGUGGUGGAGAAGAGUGAGUUAUUGGGGGAGGAUGGGUUUGUGAAGGGCGUUGAAGGGAUAAGUGAGGUUUUGCGAGGGUUGGAGGAGAGUGGGGCGUUGCAUGAUGCUGAAAAUUGGAUGAAGAAGAUUCAGGGUGUGCUUGGUGAUAGGUUGUUUUCGGUUGCGGGGUCUCCGAGGUUUGAGGUUUAUGGGAUUGAUUUUGGGUUUGGGAGGCCUAAGAAGGUGGAUGUUACUUCGAUCGAUAAAACGGGGGCGUUUUCGCUUUCGGAGUGUAGAGAUCAAGGAGGGAUUGAGAUUGGGUUGGCGUUGACCAAGGAUCAAAUGGAGGAGUUUUCUCGUCUUUUCAAUCAAGGACUUGAGUCCUUGCUGGAAUGAUUAGUCGGGGCAUUCAGAAUCAGAGACCAAUAUUUUGUUGUAAUGCCAAAAUCCAUUAGAAUGACUUUGGAUUGACGACAUCUCAUGGAUGAAGGUGACAAGUGUACUAAAUUUGCGGAUCAACAACAUUGUUAGAAGUGGUUCGUGUCAUUGAUGCUAUCUCAAGAUCUAUCCUGAGGUACUUAAGUGAUUCAGUUUACCCUUUUGUUUCUGGGUUUUUGUUUCUGUUUUUUGUUUUUUUUUUUUUUAAUUGCGUUUGAUUAAUUGAAUGCUUAAUAACUUUCUCAUUGUUGAAUCUGUCGGGUUUCUGUAAAUGGGGAGCCAUGUUUGUACCGCGAAAUAGAUUUCCUUUUCUUUUUAA